UCCCCUUCAACUGAUUCUCCGCUGACUCCGAGACGACUUUUCUUUUCCGUCUCUCAGCAGAGCGGAAGUUGCGGAGCGUUUCUCUGCGCAGGUCGGUCCACGGUGUCAACAGAAACCGAAGCGCCUCCGCAACACGUACCGUACCGGUCCGUGUGGCAUGUGACAGUCAGCGAGCGUUUUUUUUUUUUUUUUUACCGCAAAGGAACAGGGGAAAGCUGUCGACCGGUAGCGAGGUUUAAAGAGCUCUCCGUCUGUUCUCCCGGUCUCCCGCCGACUGACAAGAGAUGGAGCGGCUUUGCGGACCAGAGCUCCCUUUCUGGGAAAUUAAUCAGACGCUCCACACAGAUCGGCCCGACCUCCCAGAGUGUUUCCAGCUCUCUGUCCUGUCAUGGCUGCCGUGCGUCUACCUUUGGGCCGUCUGCCCCAUCUACCUCUUCUAUCUCAAGAGGAACAGCAGAGGCUACAUCAUGAUGUCCAUCAUGAACAGGUUCAAAACGGUGUUUGGCUUGUUGUUGUGGAUUGUGUGUUGGACCGAUCUCUUCUACACAUUCCACGAGCUUCGGCAGGGUCACACCCAGCCGCCCAUCUACUUCGUCACCCCGCUGAUUCUGGGCAUGACCAUGCUGUUGGCCACGUUUCUGAUCCAGUUUGAGAGGUUACGCGGGGUCCAGUCCUCAGGGGUCCUCUUCAUCUUCUGGUUCCUGUCUGUGCUAUGUGCCGUCGUGCCUUUCCGCUCCAAGAUCCUCCAGGCCUCCAGCCAGGUGAGAACGCACCGUGGAACCUCAAAUGCCUCUUCACCUGUCUGUCAUCGCCCCUUUCAUCUUCCCCCGUCACCGCCUCCCUCCGGCUCUUAGCCCAUAUUUUGUCGUCUCCUUACCUGCUCGUACUUUGCGGUUAUCUUUGCGGUUAUCUUUGCUCUUCUUCUUCUUUCACUUCUA